AUGGCUCUGUUAAGAUCUUACCAUUCGCAGCGCUUCUGCCGAGCGGCGCUCAGCGCCCGCAAUGGCAUCGCAAGGCCCCCGCGAUUCUCGACGAGUGCUCUCCUCUCCGCUGCAAAGCCGGCCGACGCAAAGACGAAGGAGCAAAAUACGCCCGCGUAUGACGCCCGAAAAGAUGUUCGCAAGAGAAUGGGUGUCCCGAAGGACGUUGCCAUCAUCGGCUCUGGAAUCACCGGCCUGACGACGGCACAUUACCUCGCGAAAUGGCUCCCGGAGACAUCCCGCAUCACCAUCUACGACGCGGCGAACCGCACCGGCGGAUGGAUCAAUACACAAACGGUCGACGUCAACGUGGACGGAAUCGGGGGCAAGGUGCGCUUCGAGCGUGGCCCGAGAACGCUGCGUGGUAUGGGAAGGGACAUAUGGAAGUUCGACGAUCUCGUGUUCUGGGACCUCCUUAGAGACCUAGAAAUGGUUGAGGAAUACCGUUCGAAGCCGCCGCUCAGUCGCUACAUCUACUACGACGAACGACUGGUCAGCAUGAGUCUGCAGGGCUACUGGAACGAGCCAAUCUAUAACAGUGUCUUUAGCGGCGCCUUCCCAGGCUUUAUCGCCGCCAUCAAACGACGUCUGAAGGCCCGCAAGGAACCACACCCUUCCGAUAUGUCUGUCGCCGAAUUCGUUAAAUUCGCCACGGGCAAGCCGCAGCUGGUGGACAACUUGGUAUCAGCCAUGAUCCACGGCAUAUGGGGUGGCGACGCUGACAAGAUCAGCAUGCGCAGCUUCAUGCCUGCCCAGUGGUGGAAGUUUUUCUACGAGCCCUCCAAAACCAGUUCGGACGAAAAUGAUCGUGAAAACCACAACCGCGUGUUGAUGCCUCGCCAAGAGAUGCAUAUUUUGCAUACAUUAGGUGCAGAUGAACAGUUGAGGUACUUCGUCGAUUACACAAAGAAAGACGCUUUUGUGUAUUUCAAGGACGGCUUGAGUAGCUUGCCAGAUACGAUCGAGAAAAAGCUUAGGUCCAGGAGCAACGUCACUUUCAAGUUGGGCGAGCCGGUCGUUGACCUUCGGUAUAAUGAAAGGCGUGACAAGGCUGCAAUCCUUACCAAGAAGUCUGGGGACUUUGCCUUCUACGACAAGGUCAUUUCCACGACGACAAGCAACACCCUCUACAACAUGACUUCCGGCGCGCUGCCCUCCCUUAAAGACUCGCCAAACGUCUCCAUCAUGGCCGUGAACCUGUGGUACCCCCAGCCAAGGCUGAACAAAAAACAUCGCGGCGUUGGGUACCUGGUCCCCCGCUCCGAGGAAAACAACCCCGAAGGCGUCCUCGGCGUCUUCUUCGACUCGGACGUUCUCGAUGCGGCCCCGGCCCCAGGCGAACCCGAAGGCACCAAGCUCUUCGUCCUCCUGGGCGGCCACUACUGGAACGACAAGGCCCCUCCGACGACGCAAGAGGGCAUCGAGAUGGCCAAGUCCGUCCUCGAACGCCAGCUCGGCAUCCCCGCCUCCACGCCCUGCUUCGCCAUGGCGCACUUCGCAAAGGACUGCAUCCCGCAGCACCACGUCGGUCACUGGCAGCGCAUGGACCGCGCGAGCAGCGAGAUCGAGUAUGCCUUCAACCGCCGCGUCGCCGUCGCCGGCGGCUCGUACGGCCCCAUCGGCGUUAUGGGCGGCAUGCGCGCCGGCUAUGAUUUGGCGUCGCACAUUGCGCGCGUGUCCCUGGACCACGUGGGCGAGACGGGCCUGGGAGCGUACCAGGAACGCAAGCCUGAAUUCUUCCUCUUCCACCGGGAGAUGCUGCACAGGAUCGGUCGCAAUAUUGCACGCGAAGCUUCGUGGUUUUACAGACAGUUUGGAUAG